UCACCGGUAAAAUUGAUAGCAGGUCGCCCUCGUGCGGGUCGCUUUCAACCAUGAAGACCGAAGUCGGAGUCUCAAUGGCUCCCAAAGUUCUGGUACACGGCUCCGGAGCAAUCGGGUCAAUUUACGCAUACUUACUGCUCAAGGCAGGCUGCGAGGUCGCCGCUGUCUGCCGUUCAAAUUAUCAAGUGGCCAAGAAAGCCGGUUUCCACAUAUCCUCGGCUCUCUAUGGCAACGACAUCCACAUCCAACCCACAGUCGUCCGCUCGCCAGACGAAGCCGCAUCGACACGACAAACAUUCGACUAUGUGCUAGUGUGCUGUAAGGCGUUACCAGAGACACAUACCGCAGAAAUCAUUGCUCCCGUCAUUGUGGACGGACAGACCGCGAUCGUCCUGAUUCAGAAUGGAAUUGACAUCGAGAAAGAAUACAAUGAUCGAUUUCCAAACAACACGCUGGUAAGUUGUGUGGCUUAUCUACCCGUCACACAAACAUCGCCAGGGCACAUUUCCAUGGGAAACAUGGAAAAGCUAGAGGUCGGUCUGUGUCCAUCAUCCGAUCAUGAGAAGUUGGAGGCCAGAGGGUCAGCCGAGCGAUUAGUCGAAUUGCUGCGGUCUGCUGGUGGCAAUGCCGCGUAUCACGACAACAUUCAAGAGAGAAGAUGGCAAAAGCUCCUGCUCAACGCUUCCUGGAAUCCAAUGUGCGCAUUGACGAUGAGCCGUGAUGUGGCAUUGCUGGCGAGUACCGCGACCACGGAGGAUCCAGAUUUUGCGGAGGACACAGUGCGAGCAGUCAUGAAUGAGGUUGUCGAGAUCUCACAGGCACUUGGCUACACUUCUGUAAACCGAGAGGCGGCGGUCAGAGUCAUGCAGAUUGCGAAAGCGAGGGUCGGUGGUCAAGGGAUCGAGCCGAGCAUGCUGGUCGAUGCAUUGGAGCAGAGGCGGAUGGAGGUCGAGGUGAUUCUUGGGAAUCCAACGAGAACAGCAAGACGACUGGGGAUAGCUGUUCCGAGGCUUGAGCUGUUGUACAUGCUUUCGAAAGCGCUCGAUGAAGCAAACCGAUGGCGCCAAGCCGGAAAGAGCGUGGGAGGUGAAGAUCUGAAGCGAAAGGAUGGCACUUGA